AUGAAGUAUGCUACAACUGAGAAGGAGCUGCCAGCCAUUGUCUAUGCCUUUGAGAAGUUCAGAAGCUACUUGGUUGGGUUAAAAGUCAUAGUCUACACUGAUCAUGCUGCGUUGAGACAUCUCAUGGCCAAGAAGGAUGCUAAGCCAAGACUGUUGAGGUGGAUCUUGCUGCUACAAGAGUUUGACCUUGAGAUCAGAGACAAGCCAGGAGUCGAGAAUGAUGUAGCUGAUCACUUGUCUAGACUGAAGAUUGAUAGUGGGAUCCCUAUUGAUGAAGGGCUUCCAGAGGAACAGAUCAUGGCAAUUGGAGCAGUGGUAGCGGUUUGUGAAACUGGAAAGAAGCUUGAAGAGGUGAAGGCAACUGAAGAGAAAGGUCCUUGGUAUGCUGAUCUGGUGAACUACUUAGCUUGUGGAAGAGAGCCAAUGGGUCUUGACGGAUAUGCCAAGAAGAAGUUCUUCAAAGAUGUGAAGAGAUACUAUUGGGAUGAGCCUUACCUCUACAUCCUUUGUAGAGAUCAACUCUAUAGAAGAGUAGUAGCUGAAGAAGAAGUCAAAGGGAUUCUCACACACUGUCAUGGAUCAUCUUAUGAAGGUCAUUUCGCUACUUUCAAGACUGUCUCAAAGGUGUUACAAGCUGGGUUUUGGUGGCCUCAUAUGUUCAAGGACACUCAAGACUUUGUCUCUAGGUUUGGAGUUCCAAGAGUUGUCAUCAGUGAUGGAGGCUCCUACUUCAUCAACAAACUGAUUGAAAGGCUUCUCAAGAAGAAUGGGGUGAAGCAUAAGGUUGCAACUCCCUACCAUCCUCAGACAAGUGGUCAAGUUGAGAUCUCCAACAGAGAAAUAAAGUUUAUUUUGGAGAAAAUUGUGGGGACUACAAGGAAAGACUGGUCUAUCAAGCUAGAUGAUGCAAUUUGGGCUUAUAGGACAGCUUACAAAACCCCUUUAGGAACCACACCUUUCAACCUUGUGUAUGGAAAGGCUUGUCAUCUACCAGUUGAACUUGAAUACAAGGCAUUAUGGGCUGUUAAGUUACUGAACUUUGAUAUCAAGAGUGCCAAGGAGAAGAGAUUUCUCCAACUCAAUGAGCUUGAUGAGAUUAGACUGGAUGCUUUUGAGAACUCAAAGAUUUACAAGGAGAAAACCAAAGCUUUUCAUGACAAGAAGAUCUUGAAGAGAGAGUUCAGUGCUGGAGAUCAAGUGCUUCUCUACAACUCUAGACUGAAGUUGUUUCCAGGGAAACUCAAAUCAAGAUGGUCCGGUCCUUUCAAGAUCAAGGAGGUUAGGCCAUCUGGGGCAAUUGUGUUAUGGGAUAAGAAUGGUGGAGAUUUUACAGUCAAUGGACAAAAGCUUAAGCUCUCCAUGGGGACCACAAUAGAGGAGAAAAGAAUCUCAGUUUCACUCUUCGACCCCAUCACCGCCUAG